CUUCACUACAACGUCCACGAGGACCGAAAUUUCGCUCGUUCGACCUUUAUUUUCUGGAGAAUAAUGUCUUCGACACUGACGGACUACAUUGAAACGCAAGACAGUCUUCUUAGGGAAGCUGCUGAGGCGCUGCCUCACCAGUUCAACCGUUGCACGUACCCACUUGGCUCCAUCAGGCAACCUGUGUACCUCUGCCUUACAUGUGCUUUGCCCCGUGGUAUCUGUGCAGCUUGUUCCGUCGCCUGUCAUACCGAUCAUGAGCAAGUAGAAUUAUUUCCGAAGCGCGACUUCCGCUGUGAUUGUCCUACCUCGGCUCUGCAGCACCCGUGUACACUCCAUACCACACCACAAGAAGAAAACACGACCAACCAUUACGGGCAGAAUUUCGAAGGAGUAUUUUGUCGUUGUGGCAGACCAUAUGACCCAAACACUGAGAAGGAGACGAUGAUACAAUGCUUAGCAUGCGAAGAUUGGUUUCACGAGUCGUGUUGCAAUCUACGAGAACGUCCUGAUGCGGAAACUCCAGUGUCGAUAAACGAGACACAGCCCCAGGCAGAUUCGCGGCCACAGAACGACGAUAUCGACGAUGGCGCAUCGGACGCGUCGUCCUCGGAUCUUCCGCCGCCCCUCAUACGCGCCUCCGACUACGACAGUUUCGUUUGUGCGUCUUGCGUCAGGAAGAUACCUACCCUCAUCCGAUAUGCUGGAACCUAUGGCUAUCUUGUCGUUGUCAGAGACGAAGUCUCUGCACCGUGGAGAGUUAUCGGAUCGACUGAAGGUGAGACUACUGACGUUGAUAUAUCCACUGGGUCGAAGCGCGCGCUUUCCCCUUCCGCUGAAGGACCUGAAGCCAAGCGUACUCGCACCGAGGCAUCAAAUUCAAAGCCUCUGUGUCUAGUGCCUCCUAUCAACUCAGUCGCGCAACGUGUACUUGCGGCAUCAGACUCUGCCCUUGGAACAGGCGACAUAUUUCUCACCGAGGACUUCAGAGGCCGGUGGUGUUGUUGUUCAUCGUGCCUUCCUUCCCUUGAAGCCAACAAGUUCCUUCUCCAAGAGGAAGAGACAUAUGAGCCCCCUGAUGAUCCUGAUUCAGGUCUCUCCCUUGAAGAACUGGGUAUCAGAGCCCUUUCACGCAUCCCCCGAGAAAGAGCUAUUGAUGGUAUACACGCUUUUAACGCCAUGCGCGACGAUCUGCUAAAAUACCUCCGUCCCUUUGCCCAAGAAGGAAAGGUCGUGGGUGAGGUAGAUGUCAGGGCCUUUUUUAACAGGUUGCAGGAGGAGAACGCGCUUGGUAUAGCACGAUCGUAA